AGCAGGAGCAAGCUCCGUGGCCAGGCGCUGGAACAGCAGUCGGGAGAGAAUCACAGGAAGCGCCUGAUUUUGCUGCCUGUUCGCCCCCGACCAGGUUCCCAGAGGCACAAAUACCAGAAAACAUCUUAAGAAUGACAAGGAAGAUCUUCACCAAUACCAGGGAGAGGUGGAGGCAGCAAAAUGUCAACAGUGCCUUUGCCAAGCUGAGGAAGCUCAUUCCCACCCACCCACCAGACAAAAAACUGAGCAAGAACGAGACGCUACGCUUGGCCAUGAGAUACAUCAACUUCCUCGUCAAGGUCCUGGGAGAGCCAGGCCUGCAGCAGACAGCAGUGGCAGCUCGGGGAAGCAUCCUGGGAUUCUUCCAGCAAGCCCCACACUUGCAGAGCAUGGAAGAGCUGACACUGAUCGAAAACUGUGGUGUCUCCUGUCCCGGCAUGAGCAGCAAUAUAGUGGAGUGUUGGUCAGAGGCAUCGUCCCCCUAGCAGACAGUGAGAUGUGCAGUCUCGGUGUUAGUGUGAUAGUCCCUCUCUCCUGGCAGAAUCAUGGGUUGCUCUUCUGCGUAUUGUGAUUAUCUAUUUAUAUUUAUUGCUAUUUAAUUUGCAUUUUUACUUAAUAGGAUAGGAAAUCCUUGGUCGUGCAAAAACCUGGCAGUCCAGAUGGAAAACUUGUGGUCUCUGGGAGCUUGGAAAGACUUGCUGCUGUCAUGACAGAGCCCAAGCCAGAAGAGUCUUCUGUCCAGAUCUCCUCCAUAAAUCAGGGCAUAGAUAUUCCUUCAGUGUUUCUGACAGGGAAAGAAAUUAUUCUCCCAUUCUAUUUCAAGGAAACACUAUUGAGAUGAAAAAUUAUGACAGCACCACAAAAUUUGUCCACAACAGAGAUCCGGCCUCGGUAGUGAAAGACUUUGAGAGAUGAGGUAUUUGGCCUCAGUCCUCCAUGAGUUGUUCUAGGGGCUAAUUGCACUCAGUCUUGAACUUGUGAAUCUUAUUUCUAGGUCUAUUUUUUUUUUUAAUUUUUUUUAUUUAAAUCCUAGCCCUUGAACCUGGCUACAUAUUUCUUCAUCAGACAGGAGGGAUCCCUUAUGUCAGAGCAAAGCACAUUAAACAAAAUUAAAUGUUAGGUUAAAGCAAAAGGCAACAAUUUAAAAUGACAAAAUGCAUAGUCAUAGAUGAGUUUCAGUGGGUUCAUUAGGCAAAGUAAAUCUCCUCCACAGCAGUGACACCGUGAACCUGAAGGAAGAUGGUCAGCUAUACCCCAGCUGCCUCAAAAGCCCAUCAAAGAGAUUGGUUGGUGACUCAAUGCCUUGUUCUUCUGGAGGAGGUGUAGUAAUGGAGAAGGUCCUCUUUGUGAAGGAAGUCCUGGGACAAAGGCCUCAGUGAAGCACUGUGAAAACCUUUGUGGACAAAGCUAUGUCUACAUAGCAUGCACAGGCCAUAUGACUGCCCUUAAACUCCCUGCUUUCUCCUGCCCUAGCUGAGGUUUUCCCACCUGGAUACUGUCCCAUAUGGGCCAAUGGAGCAAGUACAAAGAAAUUGUUGUAAAUAUCUUCCAUUUGUGAGUCACUUCCCUGUAUGAAACAUCAUGCUGUAGGUGUUUACAUGAUAAGCUGCAUGAAAGUGGUCACCGUGGAUUAUUGUUGCCCACAAAAACAUCCAAUCUAAUUUCCUGACUUGAGUUAUAACCUGUGCCAGCCAAGGCCUGGCCUGCUCAUAUGACUUAUGAGAAGCCCAAAACAGCAGAAAAAAUGAUGUCAGGUUUAAGUAGAAUAGCUUUCUGGUGAGAUCCUGCUCCCACUGACACAAGUGCCUCUUGAUUUUCAUGUGGACCAAGGUACAUGUCAAGGCUUAGAAAAGACAGUUGCUCAUGACUGGUGGAGAAAUGUAGCUCCUGUAGUCCAGGGCAUGUCCCUGGGCUGUUUCUGUUUGUUCAUGAGACAAGGAGGUGCUUUAAGAAAGCAGAACUAGGGUUUGUGCAUGCAGCAUGUACGGCCUUUCUGCAUGAGGGGAUUUGGCACCUGAAGCUGAGCUGCCUUUCAAAGCCUCACCAAGCACCAGGUGCACCAAAGAAGCCAGGGCUGGCUCCUGCUAUGGGGAUGUUGAGCUGUCCUCAGCACUGACAAAAGCCAAGGUCUGACAAUAUCUCAGCUCACCCCAUCCAGCACUGGUGCUGGAAGGUACAGGCAUGCCAGUGAACAGAUUUUGACCAAAAGAAAGAAAGAAAAAAAUAAAGCGGAAAGAAUUCAUGUUGAUUUAGUUUCCUUUCUGAACACUGCUAAUAGUUUGCUUAUCCCUGGGUUUGUGAUCUGUCAGGAUGGCCCUGGGGAGCAGCUGAGUGGAAAGACACCAAGAGUCCUUUGUUUCUCCUCACCUCUGCCCACAUUAAUGUGACUAAAUGGAGCCACAGCCUCUUCUGCAUGGCACCUUGAAGGUAAUGAGCCAUAUCCUCCUCCCAUCUAUCUGCUGGCUUGCUGGCGUUCCAGCAGGACAAAUUAGUCCAAGUGAAUCGGAGCACUUCCUGCAGAGGCGUGGUGGUGCUGCUGGGUCUAUCAGUCACUUGCUAUCCUCGGAAACACACAUCACCAAGGUGAGGAAAAACAUCUUGUGAGCAGCUGUCAUACUGGGGAAAGAAAACCUGGCAAUUUUGUAACAUAAUACGCUUGUAUCUUCUAUGCUAAAAACUUUCUCAUCUUGUUAUUUCUUUGGUUCAUAUCACCAUUUUCUUUGAUCUCCUUUCAGUUUAGGGGUUCCCUACUGUCACAUUCAGCAAGUAUUUCCCUAGAUCUCUCUGCCAAAGAUUUCUUUUUUUUGGUCAAGUUUCUUCUUUGUGUUUUGGGGAUUUCUUAUCUGUGUCAUCAUGAACAAAUACAGUGCAACUGAUAACACUUUGUGCUAUAUGUUAUUGAACACCUAAUAUAUUCCAAAUAAAUUAUUUAAGAAACUAA